AUGACAGUGAAACUCUUGACCACACUGGUCUUUGCCGCCUGCGCAAGCGCCAAGUGGAUCGUUCCCGGCGCUAGAUGGCUCGACACUGAUGGCAACAUCUUCAACGCUCAUGCAGGAGGUCUGUGUGUUGACCAAGAGAGCGGUAGAUUCUACUGGUUUGGUGAACACAAGACCCAAGGCCAGGAGGAGGGUGGCGGCAUCUCUGUCUACAGCUCUGAUGAUCUCGCCACGUGGACAUCACACGGCCUCGCUUUGAAGCCUGUCGAGGACCACCCUUACAUCUCCCCCCACAGCGUCAUCCAACGCCCCAAGGUCUUGUACAGCGAAGAAACGGGCAAAUACCAUAUGUGGUGGCACGCCGAUGAUAGCAAGUAUAGUCUGCUCCUCCAGGGACUUGCUACUUCCGACAAGAUCGCCGGGCCAUACAAGUUUGACCACGCUGCCGCCCCUCUCGGAAACUGGUCUCAGGACUUUGGUGCCUUUACCGAUUACAAGACAGGAGAGUCGUAUUCCCUCUACUCCAAUGGCGAUCGUGUCGAGGGCCGCGACGUCUACAUCAGCAAGUUCAACAAAGACCUCACAGAGGUCGAGGAGGUCACCUACCGCUUCAACAAGUAUGACUUUGAGGCGCCUACCAUUAUCCAGACCGACAAGAGCUACUGGACCUUGAUGAGCCACAAGACUGGCUACCGCCCUAACAAUGUUGUGGCUAUGCGAGCCGACAAGCUUGAGGGUCCUUGGUCACAACCCUUCUUCGUCUCUCCCGCCUACACUCGAACUUUCAGCACUCAAUCCGGCUUCUCUUGGAGAAUCAAGGGUACUAAGAAGACUACCUACCUUUACAUGGCCGACCAGUGGGAUUUGCUAUCUCUCUGGGAGAGCCGCAAUGUUUGGCUACCCAUUGAGAUCGACGAGGACGACCGCAGCCUCAAGGUUGUUUGGCACGACAUUUACGAUCUCAACGUUAAAACCGGCGAAUGGAAGCCCGUCAAGGGAAAGACAUAUGUCUCGAAGCAAGCAAAGCUGGCUGGAGAUGCUCAUCUCCAAGAAGCUACCUUUGGAAGCGACCAUGUUAUCGCGACAGGCAUCUAUGGCAACGAUAGCACCGCCACCUUUACCGUGAAUGGAGAGGGCCAAGACCAAUGGGUCUCCUUCUAUCAUCAGAACAUUGACGACAUGGGUUUCGGUGACCAGCCCAUGGGCGCACCCGAUCGCAUCAACGGCACCUGGCAGAUCCGCCGCAUCAGCAGCGUCGUCGUCAACGGCGAGACCGACAAGGUCCACACGCUCUAUCAGAAGGAUACCCACAAGGGUAUCCUCUUGUCCACUCCUCUUCUCCUUCCCCUCAAGAAGGGCAAGAACACAAUCACUGUUGGAGGUCUGCACAACGGCUUCGAUUACAAGGGCGCGGAUCUUGAUCGCAUUGUUGUUUAUCCUCCCGAGAAGAAGAAGGGAAAGCGUAGCCACGCUCGAUGGUUUUAG